AGGGUUGACGCAAGAUGUCAGGCAACAGCGCCUUCAGCAGAAGUGGAACAACCCCGCCGGCGCUGGUCCCGUCAGGUGAAACCUCUGAUGGUCAUGACAACGAAACCACCUUGAUAUCGGUGGCUUCGUCGUCCCCCGACAGCCGACGGGCGGCUUCAUCCCAGAACUCCAGCGGUGAAGGGCGCCAUGGCAGCUCGACGUUCUUUUCUUGGUCCGAAGAGCAACGAGAUACGCUAACCUCCGCUUUGGAGACGCGCCACCAGCAACCUGACGCUGCUGGCGCUGCCGAGGGAGGGUCGGCAACGGCAUCUGGUACAUGGCUGUUGGCCGUGUCACGCAACGACGAAGGUCAAUCGGAGCUCGAUGGAGAAGGAAACGGAGAAAGCAUUGCCGAACAAGUCAAGGAGAGACAAUCCGGGCGAGUAAUGGUCAGGGAAGGGUUUGCUGGUCAGACGGAGGAAGGGCUUCUAGGUGUGCCUGGAUCAGCAGUGGAUAACGCGACCGAUAGGCCUGAGAAACGUUUCGCGGGUGCGCCAAACGACCGAACAGGAGGCCAGGCGCACGGCGGUGGGGCGCGCGAGAAGCUGGCCGCCCUGGGGGCUGGCUCGCCUCGCGAUACCGAGGGAGGGCCAGCGACAGCAUCUGGUAAAUGGCUUUUGGCUGUGUCACGCAACGACGGAGGACAAUCGGAGCUCGAUGGAGAAAAAAGUGGGAGAGGUAUUGCCGAAGAUGUCCAGGGGAGCCGAUUCGGUCGAGUAGAGGUCAGGGAAGGAUCCGUUGGUCAGACGACAGAAGAAUCUCGAGGGUUACCUGCAUCGGUGGCUGGCGCCAUCGGUAGACCUGGGAAAACCUUCACGGGUGCGCCAAAUGAUAUCAUCAGGAGUCAGGCCCACGGCGGCGGGGUGCGCAAGAAGCUGGCCCCCCGGGGGACUGGCUCGGGCCGCCAAACGACGGGAGGACCGCGAGGCGAUCGCUCUGGGGGCGAAUCACGCCCGAAUAUUUCAGAAUCAACGUUGCUGAGUGCGAUACGGAGUGGCCAGCCGGAGGCAGUAUCGGAGGUCUUGGAAAGCAUGGACCAGGCGCAGGCCACAAGGGAACUCCUUGACCCAAACCUCAUUGCCCUCGCUGCUCGAGUUGGAGACUGCCAGCUUUUUGAAACGAUCCUUGCUGCAAUGCUGGAAACGUCCACCACGUAUGAGGUGGCGCGGGUACUAGCUGAGGCAUUUAGUGUGGCCACCACGGAAACCCAGGGUCUGCGGCAUACCAUCGAAGAUCCUCUGCGGGGUCUAUCGAUGCUGCUGCAACACGGAACAAAGCCCCACCCAGCGGACCUUGUUAUUCUGUGUCGCGCGAUCGACUACGAGGAGCUGGACGAGUGUCUUUUUCAGGCGGUGGCUUCCGCGAAAAACUCGUUCAUUCCGAGCCUAAACCUGUCGUUCGCGUUCCGCGAUGCCAUUAGGAGUGCCGCUUCCGAGAGGGACCGCAGGGUGCUGGCCCGCCUGCAGCACGACGUGGACUCGAUCCUGACGGAAACUUUGGACCGGUUGCCACAGACUGUGUGCGGCCUCUCUGGGGGCAUGGCCGCUUGCACCGCCCUUCUGGAGCCCGAGGAGGCCGACGAUAGCUCCACCUACGGGGAGCGGGGCCCCUUAGCCCGGGCCUUGGGCUGUCCUCACCGAAUCGUUACCUUCGCUACAACUCCCCUUUGCAUGAACUUCAUGCUGCUGAAGUUUACCAGGGGUCUUCCAGCCCUCAACGACGGCCACUCUGUGUUGAUCCUUGAGAAGUCGCGUCUCGAUGUCCGGGAGGAAGCCAAGGGGCACGAGAGCCUCACGGCUCUGUGCCCAGGGUCAAUACUGGGUGGUUUCCUACCCAGGGUCGGCAAGCUCCUCUGGGAGGAUGACCGGCUGGCACCACUGACUUUUUUCCCUGGGGCUCAUUUCAUCGCUACGGGCGUAGUUGCGCUGCCGAACAGCUACUACAAGGUACCGCUGAUGAGGAUGGCUCUGGACGCCACAGUAUUCACCGCCGCUCUCGCGUUCUUCACCUCUAGGGUGCUCCUUUUCGAGAAGGGGUCGCUAACGAUUGCGGAAAUGGCCUUCGCCAUCUACGUCGUGGCAGCCAUCAUGUUGGAGGCCACGGAGAUGUGGAAAGAUUUGGCGGGAUAUCUGCUGGAUCGCUGGAAAGCUCCCCACUUCCUGGCCCUAGUGGUGGCACUUGCGGCAUUCCUCGCUAGGGCUAUCGAUUCGGAUAGCUCGUGGGGUCGAGGACUCUACGCGGUGGGCUCACCGCUCAUGUACUGGCGCCUCCUGUACUAUGCUCAAGUAAUUCCCUCUCAGGGGAGUACCAUUCAGGUGCUGUACAGCAUGGCCUCGGAGCUAGGACAGUUUUUCGUGGUAAUGGGCGUCGUUAUCUUGGGCUUUGCCAUGUCCUUCUUCGCGCUGUUCAGAGACGUCAAGGGAGAGACCUUACGGGGUGCGCUUCUUGACGCGUUUCAGGCAAUGCUCGGCGAGGUAGGACUGUUUGAUGACUUCGUUGGGGAGAAGCACGACUUGGCGGCUACCGUGCUGCUUGUGAGCUACUUGCUCGUCAUGACCAUCAUGCUCUUGAACCUGCUCAUUGCUGUGCUGAGCACGGCUCACGGAAAGGUAGAGGAGGCAGUUCUCAUUCGCGUGUCCAGGGCCCGCGUCUACACGCACUAUCGGUGGGUCGUGGCAACCGACGCACUGCCUGCACCGUUCAACUUGGCACAGCUGGUAGUGCUUCUUCCGUGUCAGAUGGUCGAUUUGUUGUUCAAGAGCAACACGUACCCGAUCGCCCGGCGAGGCGUGGGGCGAAUUGUUUUCUGGCUCGUAUUGGGUCCUGGCGCGAUCCUCGGAGGGAUUUUCGUGUGGCUGGUGUCCACCCCGAAAGCCCUGUUCGCGAUCUGCCGCAAGCGGUCGCUUUCGAUCCUUUCGAGAGUGGGACGAACAAUGCUGUGCCUGUUGUGGAUCACCCUUGGUGUACCUCUGUGCCUUGUGGUUUCAUGGGUGACCCAAGCGACGCGUGUACUCUUCGGACGUACCUUUGGUCUUGAAGGCGCAAGACCCUCGGGGCCCAUAAUACACACGGUAGAUGACAUGCUCAAGGAGGUGACCGGGGUCGGGAUGGCGACGCUGCGGAUGCACCUGAAGAACCCUGUCGCAAGCGAGAAGUGUUGCGUCAGCGCAAGAGCCGCGGAUCGCUUAGCUACGGCGGACCUGCAGGCCCUUCGAGACCAUGUAGAGGACAUGACUAAGGAGCACAUCGAAGCAGCACACAGGAGGCUGGAAAAACAGCUCGACGAAAAGCUUGAGGGUUUCCUCGCGAAAUUGUCUGCGACGUGAAACUGGGUGCUGAACCAGCCUUGUGUGUAGAGGAAGUGAAUUUUAACUUGGCGUACAUGCGUAGUGUAUUUUCUUGUGGCAAUGAGAAUGGCGUCGACUUCCGGCAGGAUUUCUGUCAUGGGUCGACAGUAGCACAUGUGGCGGGCUGCUUUAUUAGGAGCACGAUAUAACAGCGAGUGGGAUGGGAGAUUUGUAAUUUGUACAUUUACUCCGUAAUAUGUUCAAUUAAGUACGAAUGUCGAAAUUUUUUUUUUCUAAGGUGCUCAGGGUGAUGCGAAGGAAUCAAAUCCCGCUUCAGAAUUUUGAAGAAGCGAACUAACCCAAACCUGAAUUGAAACGCGGGAUUUGCCUUUUUGAGGAGCAGACGACC